UUUUUUUUCAACAUUUUUAUACUUUACAAUCCACGUGGACUACGAUUGGGAAUAGUAUCCUGUAAUGAACACAGUGGUAGCAGAACGAGGCACCUUGCCUGAAGCAUGCAGGCAACAGGGAAGCUGUACAGAUCUGCUCGUUAUCAAACGCAUCGGGACAUCUAGCGCAGUCAUGGGAAUUCUGUACUCUGAGCCAAUUUGUCAAGCGGCAUACGAAAAUAACCUAGAUGAAGUCCAACUACUCCUGAAAGAAGAUAGCAGCAUUUUGAAUGUGAAGGACCGUUUUGGAGGGGAUACUCCAUUGAUCUGUGCCUGCAGGAAAGGCAAUAUUAAAGUAGCCAGCUUCUUGCUAUCCAUGAAAGCUGAUAUAAACCUCCGAAACAAUAAGGAAAGGACAUGUUUGCACUAUGCAGUAAGGAAAAGGUUCACAUUCCUCGACUACCUGCUAAUUGUUCUUUUGAUGCCAGUUAUGCUUAUUGGAUAUGCUAUCAUGGUUUCAAAGAGUAAACAGAAUGAGCGACUGAUCAGACUAUUACUGGCCUCUGGUGUCGAUGUCAAUGCUGCAGAUUCUACUGGAAACACGGCCCUUCAUUAUGCCUGUAAAAUGAAGAGCCAAGCUGUAAUACCGAUUCUGCUGGCAGCUAAUGCUGAUCCCCACAUAAGGAAUAAGGAGGGGGAGAGCUCAUUUGAUAUCGCAAGGAAAUUAAAGUUCCAAAAAAUCUUGCAGGUGAUGAAGAAGUCCUCAUAACUGUGGGGAAGGCAUAAGGACCCAUUACAGACAAAAGCCCCGCUGAUAAGCAUAGUGCUGAAGGCGGGGGCACAUUACUUCCCAUUACUGUAUGAUUUGUACAUAUAUGUAUUUCUGAACGUUUACGCACUAUAGAAUUAUUUGUAGAAUAAUCAGGGCCGCCUCUACCAUUAGGCAGCUGCCUAGGAUCCAAGGGGGAAAUGCCACCGAGUCUGCCUAUCGCAAAAUUAAGGCUGUCUCUGAGAGAGACCAUUUUGAACUUAAUGCAGGAGGCAAAAACUGCUGUCUCCACACUUUCAUCUGAGGAGUUUGCAAGUGGGUAUCAGUGGUGGGGGGUUCAGUAGGCUGAAGUUUUGCUUAGGGUGCUGAGAAACCUUCCACUGGCCCUGAGGAUAAUUACAAUUUGUACAGGGGAAUUUUGUGUAGGUUGUUACAUGCCACAAUGAAAUAUUACAGAAAUCUGUGGCAGGUAAUUAAACAUAGGAAGAAAGACAUAGUUUACUAUAGAGAAUUUUUGUGUGUUCUUUGUUUUAGUGUUAUGGUGUACCGGGGAUAACCUGUGACUUAGUAAUCAUACAGUACUACGGGUAAAGUGUGAUAGCCUGCGAGAAGCAGGAGGUGCAGGACUUUGUGUGAGUCUGCCCAGAUUUUUAAAGUGAUUUGCACGGUAAAUCCAACCUGGUUUUGCCAUGUAAAUGAUUUCCACUUUAAAAAUCUGGACAGACUCGCACAAAGUCCUGAACCUCCUGCUUCGCGCAGGCUUUCACAUUUUACUCUAUAUCUCCGCUUACUACAUCUGUCACUCUUGCUGUACUUACACUCAAACCAGGUCCCUGUGAUAUGUGUUCACAGGCAUAGUGGCCCAGCUCUGUUAUUCUGGCAUCCAGCACAUGCACAGUGGAGUACGGUUUAUGCUUUUAGUGUACAUAGAAUCCUCGAAUGCCAGAGUGGUUGCCCCAUAUAGGCUUCAUGUGCUGCUCCAACAAUGGUUCUACUACUGUUCAUCAGUGUCUUGUAACCCCUAACUUGUAAGUCUAGAGCCAAUGGAAGGAAAACAAGGAUUCUGUGUUAGAGAUUUCCAGUAGUUGUCGAUACUUACAUAGGAAAAAUGGAUCAUUAAAGCUGAAUUUCUCAAAUCUACUGCCCCAGUACAUUAUGUACUAAAAUAAUCUUAAUUAUUGGGUGUAGUAAUAUAAUUGCAGGAAGAAGUGAUAGAACUUGGGGGACACAGUCAGUAAAACAUAAUCUGUUGGGGCAGUAUCUGGAUCUGGAUCUGAGAAACUCCUACUACUGAGUAAUCUAUACAUAUAAUAAAACUGUAAAGGGUGUGUCUGUACAUAGCAAUUUUUUUUUUAGAAAUAUAUUUGUAGAGACUGUUUAUCCACUAUGAAGAUGAAAAAAAUGUAUUGAAAUUUU